AUGGGGUUCAACAGAGCACAGUUGUUUGCUGCCUUCGCCCUGGGGUUGCUCAUCAUGUCCCACAGUGUGGAGGCGGUUCGUCCCCGUCCCCGGAUAUGCCAUUCCCCAAGCCAUCUUUAUCAUGGCUCAUGCAACAACAGGAAAUGCGUGGAGGUGUGCCACCACGAGCACUUCACCGGCGGCUACUGCUCACGUAAAGGGGUUGUUAAAAGACUUCAUUGUGAAUGUACCAUAAAAUGCGGCCAUUAUAGUCCUCCACCGCCGUCAGAAGUGCCGGAGCCGCCGCCGUAUGAACGGCCGCCACCACCACCAAGAGUCAUGUAG